UCAUUAUAAAUGGGCUGCUCAGCCUAGAAACUAGUCCGGAAGACAGCAAAGAACAGUGAUAGAAUAAACAUUUGUCAUGUGUAAUCAAACGAAGUUGUGUGAUUCGCCUAGAUGAUCGACUAGGUACCCAAAUAGAUAAUAUAAACUUCCAAUAGUUAUAGGAGUUUGGGCUUCAUUGGUAUCGCAAAUGAACGCGAGUAAAGUAGCCUACCGAUGAGGUUGUAAAGCAACAGUACAUAUUCUGGCGUGAGCUGCUUUAUAAAGCGUGGAAACGGAAGAAUCUUUGCUUUAGGAAAGCAGGAUUCUUCUUGUUUGACCUCUCAGUUCUUCAAAGACGCUUAAAAUGAGAUUGGCAGGGCCACUGCGAGCUGUCGCUGUACUUCUUUUGGUGGGACUCACUUGGGUUUUGGCCAGCUCCAUUCUCGGAGGGGACAGUAGUACAGUGGUGCGACACCUCUUCACAGGGACCAACGAGGAGCCAACCACUGAGUCUCGACCACGCAAGUACAAGUGUGGUUUGUCUGCCCCAUGCCCCCCAAAACACCUGGCCUUCCGCCUGGUCUCCGGAGCUGCUAAUGUCAUCGGACCCAAAAUAUGCCUGGAGGACAAAAUGCUUGUGAGCAGUGUCAAAAACAACGUUGGCCGAGGACUGAACGUCGCUUUAGUAAACGGAGUAACUGGAGAGCUCUUGGACUCAAAAUCCUUUGACAUGUGGGCAGGAGAUGUGAACGACCUGUUGAAGUAUCUCCGACCACUGCAUGAGGGAACGCUUGUGUUUGUGGCCUCCUUUGAUGAUGCAGCUACAAAGUUGAACGAUGAGGCGCGCCGGCUCUUUGAGGAGCUGGGCAGCACGGUGGUGAAGGAGCUGGCCUUCAGAGACAGCUGGGUGUUUGUGGGAGCCAAGGGCAUCGAGAACAAGAGUCCGUUUGAGCAGCGUAUGAAGAACAGUAAGAACAGCAACAAGUAUGAAGGCUGGCCUGAAUCUCUGGAGAUGGAUGGAUGUAUUCCCCUACGAGCGCCGUUGGAGACCUAAGCUCUUUGUUGUACCAAUAUUAGGACCUGCACUGCACAGAACAGGAGUUAGUCAUAUUGACAAUUACAGUGGCACAAUUGAAGCUGUGCCAGGUUUAAAAACAAUUUGGAAGUCCCAGAGAAUACUUCUUUUACAUUAUUUUCAAACAUGGGUCCAGUUACGUGUCGUCUACCAUGGACUUCCGGACAUCUGCCUAGACUUACUGUGAAAAAUGCUGAAGCUGACUGCUAACAACUUCAAACUUGUGGAUUAAAGAGGUUUCUUGAUAGUACUCACUGAACACACAAACCAGAUGACAAUGUAGAUAGGGAAAUGUGUGACAUAGGAGCUGUUAUAGAGGAAGAUACGUUCUAGGUCCAGCCUCAAAUGUGACAUCUUGUGUGUGACAGUUCCAAAGAUGCCAUUGUGAACAAAUAUUUAUGGUUAUAGGAUAUGUUUUUUUUAUGCAUUGAUAAGACUGUCAACUGUAAGGACUGAUGCCUCAAACAGUAUAUAUAUACUGUAUAUAAGAGUUGAGGCAGGAUCUUGUCUUUAGUGUAGUGCAGAUAAAGCUAUUAAUAUUAUACCAUUAUACCCAAUACAUAUUGUGUCAUCAAUUGAUUCAUAGAUAAACUGCCAUCAAUGUUUACAGAUGUUAUGUGGAGUCUUGAAGACAUUGUUUGUAACUACACGUGGACACAAAUUCAGUCACAUAUCUCUAUAUCAUCUUUAUACUGACAUUGAUAAGUUAAAAUAUCAUAAAUGAAUAAUACUAUUAAUGCAAUUAUGUCAAUAUGGGUCCCUGGCAUUGUCUUGUUUGUAGUGUUUUUGUGUGCUUAUUUUAAAUUCUGAUAAAAUGUAUCUUACUGUCUUAAA